UCUCGCCGUACAAACAUAUAGACUAAAUUGCCGUUUAGGGUUUAUCGAUAAGCAGUCUCUCUCAGCUUCCCACUCGAAUCACUCCGCGCAUUGGAUUGUCAUACCUAUUGCAUCCAUAGUUUAGUUGCCCAAAAGGAAAAAGAACCUAUACCCCUUUUCCCUCCCACCCAAGAACCCUAGAGAUUGCAACAAUGGAAUUAAGCGUUCUCACUACAACUUACUCGAAGUUCCUCCCUCGAAUGGCUGUUCAUUCUCUCGGCACCUUCGCUCCUUCCAAUUCCAAUUCCAAGUCAGAUAUUCCAACUAACGGUUGGGAUUUGGACUCGCGCUCCAAAGUGUUUCCUCAGGCCAAAGGUAAGAAGCACAGAGAAUUCAAUCGAUUUCUGAAAGAAGGGGUAGUAUUCCCUUGCAAGGUGAUGAAGUACGAGAAAUAUGCGAGGUUAGACAUGCUGGGGACCCGGAAGCGAUGGCUGAAUUUGUUGGUUGAAGACAACUCUCUGCACGCCGAGGCAGUGGAAGAGGUGGAUGAUGAUCCUCUGCCCACUGAGGAGUACCAGAGGAAUUACUAUGGUGACAUCGACCUCCCUCAAAGCCGCUACAAGCUCAAUAACGUUGUGUUCAACAGGAAACAGCAAAUGAUGGUGAGGAACACUUGCGACAGGCGGCGAUGGUUUACGAGUCGUACUACUUAUGCAGUUAGUAAUGCAACUGACGUUGAGAGUAAUGCUUUUUCUUCUGAUGCAGAUGGUGAUGCAAUCAACGUUGAGGAUCCACGAACCCUUCAUUCUAAGGUGUUUUUUGCCGCUUCUAUCAAGGAAAUGGACUCGUUGGAUUUCGAAAGUGUAGUCGCUCUUGUUAGAUACCGAGAUCAUUUUUUUGAACAGAAGCACAACAUAAUAUUAGAAUAUUAUGGGUUGUUCAAAAUGGAAUACACGGAUUUGCAUGUGGAUGGGGGUUCCAAGUUGAUGAGAUAUCUUUCUGUAGAAGACUUCAUGUGGUUCUUCCUCAGGAUUGAUGAAAAGUACCGAAAAAGGAUUUAUAAUUACAUGUUCAAGCAGCAAAUUUAUGUUUUGGAUAAUUAUCGGGGGACAUUAGCCGCAAUCGUCUGUUUUUGGGAAGCGCCACCUAGUGGGUGGUACAAGUUAAACGUUUCUGGGUUUUGUAAGGAAGAUCUUGGAGGGACCAAAGAAGCUGGUUGUGGAGCAGUAUUGAGAGAUUCUAGGGGAAGGAUUUUGGAAAUUUUCCACAAGCCAUUUCCUGAUACAACAUAUAGAGAUGAAGUAUUGAGAGAUUCUAGGGGUAGGAUUUUUGAAGGUGGGAAUUUGGAAAUUUUCCAUAAGCCAUUUCCUGAUACGGCAUCCAGAGAUGAACUAUUCUUACUUGGAGUCUAUCAUGGGAUAUAUGAAACUCUCCAAAGGAGAUUGAAAGUUAAGAGAAUAAUAUUGGAGAUUGACCAUAAAAAAAUUUUCAAGUUGCUAAGUCAUUAUUCGCCCUCACGAAUGGUAGAUGAUGAACUUUAUGAAUUUUUUCGUAACAUUUUUUAUAUGUUGUCAAAAUUUGACGAUUAUGAAAUAAAGUUUCAACUUCCUCAAGGAAACAGUCUAGCUAAUAGAGUUGCGUAUAUAGCUUCGCAUCUGACUGUGGGACAGCGUUUCCCCAUAUUCGACAAAUGUUUUGAAACACAAGUCAAGUGUGAUCAAUUGGAGAUUCCACGAUAUGAGGUCUUCUUGGAAGAAGAAGAAUCAUCCGAUGAGGAUAUUUGAAGUCAGGAACUCUUCCCUUUCUCCUUUUCUACAUAAAAGCAUAAUACAAAGAAAAGAAAUCAUUUUUUUUUUUUAAUUACUGUUUUUUAGUUAAAAAUGUAUAUUAAAUUCGUGAAAGAAGAAAGUAAUUAGCCUAUCUGCGGUUCACCCCAGUACAAAAUAAAUAAAUAAAUAAAUUAAUUAAAUUAAUAAAAAAGAAAGGGGGCAGGUGUGGACUGGGUUGUGGAGGGGAUUCUGUAAUUUUAUUCACAUUUAUUCUAGUAGAUUAUAAAGUACACUAGGAGCUUUAGAAAGAAAAAUAAAUAAAUAAGUAAGAUUCACCAAGUGGGAAAAGAAUUGUUGGCUGAAUAUGUUUUAUGCAGAUUGUCAUGUGGUUCAUUAUACCAGCAACAAGAAGCCCCCAAGAGCUGAUCGCAAUGACAAUUCCCCUGUGCUGAUGAUUCUACUCCAGUCCAGCAGUGACUAUAUUUAAUUUUUACUACAACUUAUUAAAAACAACUGGAUUCUCACAAAUCAGUUUGGGCAGGGGCUGCAUAUAAUCUGAUAUUGUACAUAUUGGCUAUUAAUUUUUUUUUUUGUGUUUUUUUUUUUUGGUUACUAUAAACUUGUAAGUAAUUUUUUGUUAUGCCACUUGCUCACAUUUUUGUCACUUUAAUAUUCCUUUUUUUCAAAUUAUUAAA